GUAUAAAAGUAACAAUAUGCAAAAUAAGGAGUCGCAUUACAUAGUGUCAGCAGUGCUUUCAGUGUCUAGUGCUGUAAUUAUUAAUUAAAUUAAGUAUUUAAUUGACCACUUUUACUGGUGUAGUGAUAAUAUAACGCGAAAAUGUCGACAUCUCCGGUGGAGGAGGUCCAAGGCUACCACUACAGCCGGCUGGUCUUCUACCCCCUACUCCUGGUGGCCUCCAGCCUCUGGAUGCUGUACCGAUGGCAGCAGCAGUCCAGGUACUUCAGGAUGGGCAACAAGCUGCCCGGGCCAGCGUGUGUGCCCAUUUUUGGGAACGCUCUGCUUCUGCUUGGGAAGUCGCCUGAUCAAUUAGUAAAACUAGGACUAGAAUACGCAGACAUUUACGGAACCGUAAUACGAGGCUGGAUCGGCUCCAAGCUGGUGAUAUUCCUCACUGACGCUGAUGAUGUGGAGCCGAUCUUGAACAGCCAGGUCCACAUCGACAAGGCUACGGAGUAUAGGUUCUUCAAGCCCUGGCUCGGGGAAGGAUUGCUGAUCAGUUCUGGAGAAAAAUGGCGAUCGCAUCGGAAGAUGAUAGCUCCGACAUUCCACAUCAAUAUCCUCAAGUCGUUCAUGACGACGUUCAACCAGAACAGCGUGAACGUGGUCGACAAGAUGAAGCAUGAGAUGGGAAGAACCUUCGACGUUCACGACCACAUGAGCGGGGUCACCGUUGAUAUUCUAUUAGAGACUGCAAUGGGUAUCACUAGGAAAACUCAAGAUGAAUCUGGAUUUGAUUACGCUAUGGCAGUCAUGAAGAUGUGCGACAUAAUUCAUCAGCGACACUACAAGUUUUGGCUACGGUUCGACUCAGUUUUUAAGUUUACAUCCUUCUUUAAAAAGCAAAUCGAACUGCUGGGAAUUAUCCAUGGACUAACAAACAAGGUCAUCAAAAAUAAAAAGGAGACAUAUUUCAUGAAUAAAGCGAAAGGCAUUAUACCACCUACACUGGAAGAACUUACAAAAUCUGAAGAUAAUGAUGGCACCUUAGCAAAUGAUGGGAAAACUCUAGCUGACUCUGUGUUCAAAGGUUACAGAGAUGAUCUCGAUUUCAAUGAUGAAAAUGACGUUGGUGAAAAGAAGAGACUCGCUUUCCUUGAUCUCAUGAUUGAAUCAGCGCAGAAUGGAACUCACAACAUCAGUGACCAUGAAAUAAAAGAAGAAGUUGAUACAAUUAUGUUUGAGGGUCACGACACAACAGCAGCGGGCUCAAGCUUCGUGCUGUGCCUCCUUGGGGUACACCAGGACAUCCAGCGGAGGGUGUACGACGAACUGUACGACAUAUUCGGUGACUCCGACCGACCCGCAACGUUUGAGGACACGCUGAAGAUGAAGUACUUGGAGCGAGUCAUCUUCGAGUCACUCAGGAUGUACCCACCCGUGCCCGUGAUAGCGAGGAAAUUGAAAAAGGAUGUUAAGAUUGCAACGAAGGGCUACGUGCUCCCAGCCGGCGCCACCGUGGUCAUCGCCACGUUCAAGAUCCACCGCAACGGGAAGUACUACAAGAACCCGGACGUGUUUGACCCGGACAACUUCCUGCCAGAGAAUACCCAGGACCGCCACUACUACAGCUACAUCCCAUUUAGUGCUGGCCCGAGGAGCUGCGUAGGUCGCAAAUACGCCCUCCUAAAGCUGAAAGUGCUGUUAUCAACCAUUCUCCGCAACUACAAACUGAUCUCUGAAGUACCAGAGUCGGAGUUCCGCCUUCAGGCCGACAUUAUCCUGAAGAGAACUGACGGAUUCCGGGUCAAGAUCGAACCCAGAAGAAGGGUGCCCUCAACAGCAUCAUAAGAUUCAUAAGUCCUUGGGUCCUUGCCAGUCUUGCCAUAGCUCGCAUUUGCUGUAAACAUUUUUAAGACCAGCUAGCCUAACGUAGGGCGCAAGACGUGUACGUUAUGUCGUGACAAAAGUUUUACGUUGUGAGUGUACGUGAUGCACAACUUUUGUCACCUUGACGUUCGCGGCUUGCGCCCUAUGCUAGGUAGGCAGAAUAAUAUAAAUCGCACCAUUUCAUUAUAAAAAUACAACAUGCAGAAAAUUACUAAAGUAGUUCACACGAAAUUGCUCAACUACAUACAUAUACGCAGCCCAUGUAAGUAGAUUUAUUCAGCAUUAGGAAGCUUUUUUCUGCUUAGGUAUCAUCCAGUAUCAUCCCAGUCUCAGUCCAGUAAAUUAUAAUUUAUUAAGUACGGUCAACUGUCUAUAUUUUAUAAGUUAGAAUAUUCAUGGAUCUUACAUAAUGAAGUAUAUUUUUUUUUACUAUUUAAGUUUAUGUUUAAUCAAAAUACAAAGUAAGAGCUUUUUAUUACAAAUAUUACGACAAACAGGUAUCUCUGCUUACAGUUUGUUGUCCAAAUCAAUCUCAAUGAAAACAAAACGAAAGAUAUUCUAGAAAAGUAAGAUUAGAUAAGGCUAAGACAACUCUAAUCUUUUAGUAUUAAUCAAUUUAUUUCUUUCCUAUAUUAUUUCCUUUAAUAUGAUUACAUUAUUAAAGUUAGCAUUCAGUGAGCUUGACGUUAUUGCAAUAACGGUGUAUUGUGUUUAGCUUAGUAUUAAAAUAAAUAAAUACUAUAAACAAUUAA